UCAGAACAACUUUACAAAUUUUACGUUUUUUCUUUUCACACAGUUCUAUAGUGUUCUGUUUUGCAUUUUGCCUUCGGAUAGUAAUAUGAUAACAAAUUGAACGAUUUUCUGCUUGAAAAUGGUUCCACAGUUACUGUAGUAGUCAGAACAGAAAAAUAGCACAAGUAAUAGUAGCAAGCUGAACCAAAAGGACAUCAUCCAAAAUACUACAGAAUUAGGAUGACAUUCCUAAGUGUUCUCAGUUAUGCAUCUCUGCUAGUGCAGAUCUGCUUCGUGACGGUGUCCAUCGCUGCCGGGCUCUAUUAUCUAGCAGAAUUAGUCGAAGAGUAUACGGUCACCGCUAAAAAGACUAUUACUUGGAUGGUAAUUGCAUCAGUUUUGCUCUAUGUGAUAUUCAUUUUUACUGAACAGUUCUCCUGGACAAUGUUGCUUUGUGGCAUGGGAGCACAAGCGUUACAUGUGGCUAUCCUGAAAAACUUCCCUUAUGUCAAGUUUUUGUCACUAAGCUUUCUAGGCGCUCUAAUACUAUUGCUGUUCAAUCACUAUCUGGCGUUCAUCUACUUCCAACAACAUCAUCAUCCUUUCGUAGAGGUGAUGGCAUAUUUCACACUUUGUUUAUGGCUAGUGCCAUUUGCACUUUUUGUGUCAUUAUCUGCUAACGACAAUGUCUUACCAACGAGUAGCGAGAAAACGCCAUUGCUAAGUGACAAUGAUAUUGUAACAAAUUAUUUUUCCAGUAAAAAGAAGUUGGGACUUCUGUCACUUUUCAAUUAUGCUAAAGAAUCACUCUUACCGGAGCGAAACAAAAAGUCUUUCUAAUAUCCUUGUACACCAAGCUAGCCAUGUAGUUAGUCAUCCUCAUAUAGACAAGGGUUGUUCAAGCUUUAGUUUUUGUUAUUUAUUUAUUAAACGAACGUGAUGAAAUUGAAAUGGACUUAUCGGAAUAAGGAACAAACAUCAGGUAAUGAUAAAUAAUGACUAUAUA